UUAAUCUUAUAAAAUGAAAUAGAACCGCGACCAGCAUGAUACUGAUUUUUACCAGGAAAAAAGGGGGAAGAGUUGAGGACAUGUUCUGUGGCCUUGAGUACUCCAUCUCUUCGUAAACUAAUCGUUCGAAAGUUUCUAGAUCCGCAUCAAAGAUCUGUUCAUGGAGUCAGAAACAGAGCCUAAGCAUAUGAUGAUUGAGCAUGAUGUUUCAAAUAGCAUGCAGAUUGAUCCAACAAAAGCUCGAUUUCCAUGUUGUAUAGUGUGGACUCCUCUUCCAGUUGUUUCAUGGCUCCUCCCUUUUGUUGGUCAUGUUGGAAUUGGGCGUGAAGAUGGAGUGAUUGUGGACUUUGCAGGACCUAAUUUUGUGUCGGUUGAUAACUUCACAUUUGGGGGUGUAUCUCGCUAUAUCCAAAUAACCAAAGAAAAGAGUCCAAUCACUCGUCAUCCUUCCACCACAUAUAGAACCGAAGAAGAAUUUAAGCUUGUAGAAUCAGGAAGAAACCAAUACACAUGGGAUGAAUCCUUGAAAAAAACAACACAAGAAUACCAAAAGCAAAUUUAUAGCAUUUUAACGUGUAAUUGUCACUCAUUUGUGGCCAAUCAUCUUAACCGAAUGGAACCCGGGCCCACGUCCGGUUGGAAUGUGGUGAAUGUGGCGGCUUUGGUUUUGUUGAAGGGUAAAUGGGUAAAUUCACAAUCGAUGAUAAGAUCUUAUUUGUCGUUUAUGGUUAUGUUCUUCUUGGGUGUUACAUUUGGAGGCGCGAAUUUUCUAACGUUUUUGGCGUUUGUUGUGUUUGUUUUGUUCGGGUGGUAUGUUUGUGGUACGUAUUAUUUUAAGAACUUUAUACAACUUUAGUAGGUUUGUUGUUGUGGAAAUAUUGAUUACAAGAGAUACUAUUUUGUUGUGUUUAUAGGUCUUUUUUUUUUUUUUUUUUUGGUGAAAUGAUUGUUGUUUGUAUAAGAAGUUGGUGUGUUGAAACUUUGAGAAGGAAUGAAAAAGAAAUUUAUUUGUUU